AUGGCGUCCCAGAAAGUUCCUAUUACCUUUGCAGGUAUGCUCUAUGACCGCUUCCAGCCACUCCAGUCUGGAGAGGUCGUCCCCGAAGGAAUCGACCUUAAUUUCCUCGCUUUGAGCCACCCAAGAGACAUAUUUGACCGCAUGGUCGGCGGGAAAGAGUUUGAUGCCUCGGAACUCAGUUUGAGCGAAUACAUAUGCCGCUAUGCGGCCGGCCACCGCGAUUUCGUUGCCCUACCGGCCUUUCCAUCCCGAGCAUUUCGCCAUGGAUACAUCGCAGUGAACAGCAAUAUCGUCAAAGAGCCAAAAGAUCUGAAUGGCAAAAAAGUAGGCGUGCCGCUCUAUACCAUAACAGCGGCUGUAUGGAUUCGCUCUGUGCUCAAGCAACAUGGUGUCGACCUCGAUAGUAUACAAUGGGUGCAGGGCUCCCUCCUGACUGCCGGACAAUAUGGAAAGCCGAAGGUAGCACCUCUGACAAAGCCAGUGAAUAUCGUCCAAAACGAGAGUGACAAGUCGCUCAGCCAAAUGCUUGAGGAUGGCGAUCUUGCUGCCACAAUUGGAGCCGAUAUUCCUCCUUGUUUUAGAACCGCGGAACAUGUCAAGAGACUAUUCUCGGACUUCAAAGAAGUAGAGAAGGCAUAUUUUCAAGAAACGGGCAUCUUUCCCAUCAUGCACACAGUUGUCGUGAAGCGGGAGCUGGUUGAUAAGCAUCCCUGGCUUCCAUCCAGCCUCUUCCAUGCUCUAAAUGAUUCAAAGGAAGUGGCAAGAAUCCGUAUGCGCUUUCUUGACGCUCUGAGAUAUAUGGUUCCAUGGUUACCUACGGCCAUAGACGAAAUUGAUGAAGUUUUUGGAGGCGAUGCAUGGGUUUAUGGUGUUGAGCCGAAUAGAAAAACACUUGAGGCACUUGUGGACGCCCUGUAUGACCAGGGAAUGAUAAGCAGCAAACCGACCCUUGAGGAGCUCUUUGCCCCCAUUCGUGGGCAAAAUUGGAAAGUUGGUUGGGGUACAACGCUUCCAAAGCCUUCACAAUAA